AUGGAGAACUUCCGUAAGGUGCACUCAGAGGAGGCGCCGGUGGGGAGCGGGGACGAGGGAGGCGGCCCGGGCUCGGGCCCCUUCGCAGACCUGGCGCCGGGCGCCGUGCACAUGCGGGUCAAGGAGGGCAGUAAGAUCCGGAACCUGCUGGCCUUCGCCACCGCCAGCAUGGCGCAGCCAGCCACGCGCACCAUCGUCUUCAGCGGCUGCGGUCGGGCCACCACGAAGACCGUCACGUGCGCCGAGAUCCUCAAGCGCCGCCUGGCGGGUCUGCAUCAGGUCACGCGGCUGCGCUACCGGAGCGUGCGCGAAGUGUGGCAGAGCCUCCCUCCGGAGCCCACGCCAGGUCAGAAGCCUGGCGAGCCAGCCGCCAGUCUCAGUGUCCUUAAGAACGUGCCCAGCCUCGCCAUCCUACUUUCCAAGGAUUCACUGGAUCCGCGCCAACCCGGCUACCAGCCCCCGAGCCCCCAUCCUGGCCCCUCGUCCCAGCCAGCUGCGUCGACGUCCAAGAGGAGUCUAGGGGAACCCGCAGCUGGAGAAGGCUCCGCGAAGCGGUCACUACCUGAGCCAGGUGCUGCUGAAGAGGACCAGACUGCCUGA